AUGUCGGGCGAGGAGCACAGCCUGUCCGAGGCGGAGCUGAGUCCCGGGGCGUCGGACGACGGUCACUCACUGUCACCGACCCGGCCCGGAGCGCCGCCGGGCCCGGGCUCGCCUCCGGCCGGGCCGCCGCAGCAGCUCGCCGCGCUGUGCGGGGCGGACGGCAGCGAAGACGACGGAGGCGCAUCCAGGGGCAAGUCGGAGGAGGAGGACGACCGCUUCCCGAUUGGUAUCAGGGAGGCGGUGAGUCAGGUGCUGGACGGAUAUGACUGGACACUUGUGCCCAUGCCGGUGCGCGUAAACAACGGGAACAAAGCAAAGCCCCACGUCAAGAGGCCCAUGAACGCCUUCAUGGUGUGGGCGCAGGCGGCGAGGAGGAAACUGGCGGAUCAGUACCCCCACCUGCACAACGCCGAGCUCAGCAAGACCCUCGGCAAACUGUGGAGGCUGCUGAACGAGAGCGACAAGAGGCCAUUCAUCGAGGAGGCGGAGAGGCUGAGGAAACAGCACAAGAAGGACUACCCGGAGUACAAGUACCAGCCCCGGAGACGCAAAAACGGCAAACUAACGACCGGUGAGUCUGACAGUCAGGGGGAAGGGGAGGCCAGCCACUCCCAGUCUCACUACAAGACCCUGCAUCUGGAGCACAAUGGCGGCGCUGGUUCUCCCCUGGGUGACCUUUCACCUGAACACGUUGUCCCUUCUCCUCUCUCCCCUUCAGGCCACAGCCCACCCACGCCCCCCACCACCCCAAAGACAGAGCUCCUGUCUGGAAAACUGUCAGAUGCCAAGAGGGAUGGGGCAGCAGGAGCGGCAGGAGGAUCAGGGGGGUCCAGGGGAGCCCUCGGGGUGGGAGCUGAAGGUGCAUCCGGUGGUCCCUCAUCAUCGGGAGCUAAACCCCACAUCGACUUUGGCACCAUGGAUAUUGGCGAGAUCAGCCAUGAGGUGAUGUCCAACAUCGAGCCAUUCGACGUCAAUGAGUUUGACCAGUACCUUCCUCCAAACGGCCACCCGCAGAGUGGAACCGGGGGCCCUGCAGCCGGCUCCUCGGCCUCGUCUUAUGCCUACGCCUUGGCCGCCGCUAGUGGGCACUCAGCCUGGCUCUCCAAGCAGCAGCCCCAGGCCUCUCCGUCUUCCUCCGACCCCACGAAGGCCCAGAUCAAGAGCGAGUCGGUGUCCGGGAGCCACUAUGCCGAGGCCUCGUCCUCUCCCUCCUCGGGCACCCAUGUCACCUACACGCCGCUCAGCCUCCCCCACUACGGCUCCGCCUUCCCCUCGCUGGCCUCCAGGGCUCAGUUUGAGUACGGAGAGCAUCAGGCCCCAGGGGCGUACUAUGCCCACUCCAGCCAGGCCCCGGGGCUGUAUUCAGCCUUCUCCUACAUGGGCCCUACACAGAGGCCUCUGUACACUACCAUAGGAGACCCCUCCAGCGUGGCCCCCUCCCACAGCCCCACACACUGGGAGCAGCCUGUUUACACCACACUCACAAGACCUUGA